UUCUUCCCCUCAAAAUAAGCAUUUGCUAUGAUUACCAUUAGUAUGCUAUUACUUCUGGCCAUGGUUAUGCUUGAUGGGUGAGGUGCUCAUCAUUUAUUUGGUUUUAAUUGGUUGUAACAAUCAGUCGAUGGCAUUAUGCAUCACCAUCAUGUCUCUGGCUUAUUGAAAUAUGCUUCAUGUAGUUAUCAUUGUUCCUAUAAUUGCUCUUGAUUUCUUGAACCAUCAUGUUCUGGUGUGGUACUGGUAUGUUCGUGUUUGCCCAUAACACAUAGUUUCCUUCGUGCGGGAUUUUCCUCUAUUACCACUUGCCAUUUCUCAUAGAAAGAAAUUCAAGGUUGAUGCAUUCCGUGUCAAUUAAGCACCAUCUUUUCCUCUUUUUGAGAUAAUUGGCUUGUUUGGUAGUCCUACUCCUGAGCGCUACUGAUGGUUAGAAGUGAUCUGUACAUACAGAAUGGUUCGAAUGGUUAGGUAAAUAUCGUGUUGUUGGUCAAAAUUGGUGUUUCGGAAAUGAUACUUCAUUUUAUCCUAUAUGGUGAUCCUUUUUACGAGAUUAUGUUGAUCCUUUGGUUGGGGUAGUUUCUUCGGUUCCCUGUGGUUCAGCCAGUCUGCAAUAGUGUUGACCAUGGCUACAAUAGCUGAAGGGUCUUAUUAUCGAAAGAUGGCUUUCAAAAAAAUCCAGUAGACUUCUUGGGCAAAUAUCUUUUUCGGCAGCUUGAGUUGUUCCAGGCUGCGGGGUUUCUCAUGGCUUACUUGUAGCUACAAUUUUGCUCCAUCGUGUUGUAUGGCUCAAGUUGGACGCUUAGCCUGGUUACCAUUUUGUUUGUGCACCAAAUUGUAGCUCCAUUUUGGUCUUCUUGUAUCUUGAAUGACUCACAAGCUUAUACCCGGCAGAUAUAUGCACUUGACAGUGUAAGCUGAGAUCUUACCAGUCGCUAUAGUCUGGGUCCUAGAAGUUGUACAUGUGUUUUAUUUAUUUUGGAUUAUUAGUUUGUUGAGUGCUAAGAUUAUGUACUAAAUAUCGCUAGCGUUUUCUCUUCUCAUGAUACAGAUAUAGUUGAACAUAGAAGUGGUUAUUCUGCAGAUCAGCAAUAUAGUGGUUCUUCAUGAAUAUGAGUUUCUCACAAGCAGUGUGAAUUAACUACUGGUGUCGUAGCAUUUUGUGUAGGAUUAUAGGUACAAUGGUUCAUGUUCUACAUAAAUUAGCAUUUUGUGUAGCAUUUUUUCAUAUUGUUCAUGAAUAUGAGUUUCUCACAAGCAGGGUGAGUUCCUCACAAUGCCCACUGGUUCCAUACUUCGUAUUUCCUGUCUCCAUCAAAUUUAUGUAUAUCUUUCUCUGAAUUCAAUCUCUGUUUGCCUAUAUUGUUGACUCUAUAGAUACAGUACACAUACAUGAUUGUGCAGUUUUACCUAUUUAAUAUAUUAUUGGAAAUCAUGGAUCUAUAUAAAGGUUACAUUGGCGAUUGAUCAUUUUUAGAAUGCUUCCACUGAGAUAUGUGACUAGAUAUUUACUUGUGGUUUUGUUGUUAAUGCUAAGUAAUCGAUAUAACAAACUUGCAUUCAUUCUUCAGUUGGAUAGGCUGGAAGGUUGGAAAGUGUGAUUGGAUGGUAUCACUCACACCUUGGUUAUGGAUGAUGGUUGGCAUACAUGCUGGACGACAAUCGGAGCGAGGCAAACUGCAUACUGGAAAACAGCCGGAGCAAGGCCACGAGGACUAGGCCAACUGCCAUGGACCACAAUCAGGACAGCACUGCCGCCAAGCAGCCACUGACACACGCUGAAGCAUCUCUGCAGUACACUGCAAUUGCCUGCGAAGCAUGAGAUAUUUAAGCUAACAAAUGGUUAAUUGGUUUCAGCGCAUAGGGUGGCCAUUGGUGAGAGCAUACAGGAGGAACACCUUCCAUGCAUGCAGCAGUAGCAACCAAGAAGGCUGAGAAGCUAUUUCUGAAGGUGAGGAUUGAUGGGGUGCCAUACAUUAGUAAGGUCGCCCUCCGGAUGUACAAGGGGUAUAGGGAGCUUAGAGGUGCUAGAUUUGCUCUUCUCUGCCCAGUCCUUCUGACCAGCUCGCCGUUACUUGCUUGUGGAAAAUGUGCCAUGUUUGCCAAGUUGAUGAGAUUUGGUGACAUGAGCUCUAUAAGAACUCAAAGUCCAUGGUUAAGCUGUACUUGCUUCCUGAAAUCUUCAAUCAAUUCAAAAAUCACAUUUGAAGCAAAGCACCAAGGUCACUUGAUGACUCCCAUCAGAUAUUGAGCUAAGGAUCGAACCAUGUAUUGGUCAAAUUCCCUAAUAUUUGUUCAGAUUGUAUGAUUGUGUGGAUCUACCAUUUGUAAUAAUGUAAGGAGUAUUAUAUUCCACAUCGGUGGGACUACCUUCU